UCGUCCACCAAACUCGCUGCGCUCAGUCAGCCCUCUGCAACUUUUGCAGACUCCUCACUCCACAGACAUGUCGCACAAUAGCUGAAUGUCAGCCCGUCGUCGUGGCUCGUUCUGGGCGCCUGCAGAGAGGAACCCACGCAGGUGGGCUUGUCGACAUCGCGGCCGGAACCACCGCUUCAAAAACGCCCGGGACCAGAUGGGAAUUCGGAGCAUUUUCCUGAAUGAACCGGGCCAGUAAUGCAGGAGACCGUCACGGUACCCUCGUCUACCGUUCAAGAUGGCAGAUUUUUGAGUUUUGAACGGAUCUCUCUAUUUAUUGUUUGCCAUGAGUAACAGAAGCCCUUGCACCGAUGGCCCCCGUAUACGAAGGUAUGGCCUCGCAAGUGCAAGUGUUCUCCCCUCACACUCUUCAGUCAAGUGCCUUCUUUAACGUGAAGAAACUGAAGGUGGAGCAGAGUUGCAACUGGGAUAUGACAGGGUACGGCACGCACAGCAAAGUCUACAGCCAAAAUAGCAAGAACGUGUCGGCCGUGAGCGGCUCCCUCGGAAUUAACAGCUCUCUGCAGGUAGCCGGCUCCACCUUGCCGUACGAGCAGACGCUCAUCUUCCCAGCAAGUGCAGGCCACAUUGUGGUUGCCUCAGCCAGUAGCACUUCAGGGGGUUUUGGUUCUUUGCUGGGCAGCGGAGGUGGAAGCAAUAACGGCAGCGGAGGGGGUGGCGGUGGCAGCAGUGUCGGGGUUCACAAUCUGACUCGCCGUAGCACAGUCAGUCUCCUGGACACCUACCAACGAUGUGGGCUUAAACGUAAGAGUGAGGAUCUUGACAACAACAGCAGUGUGCAGAUAAUAGAGGAGCACGGUCCACUGAUGAUCCAAAACGGCGCGGCCAGUGGCGCCACGGUGGCUACAGUGGCCACCGCUGCGUCUACGGCAACAUCGAAGAACAGCGGCUCCAACAAUGAGGGGGACUACCAACUGGUGCAGCAUGAGGUGCUCUGCUCCAUGACAAACACGUACGAAGUGCUGGAGUUCUUGGGACGAGGAACCUUUGGGCAGGUGGUUAAGUGCUGGAAGAGGGGCACCAAUGAGAUUGUGGCAAUCAAGAUCCUAAAAAACCACCCGUCGUACGCACGGCAGGGUCAGAUCGAGGUCAGCAUCCUAGCGCGUCUCAGCACGGAGAGUGCAGAUGAUUUCAACUUUGUGAGGGCCUACGAGUGCUUCCAGCAUAAGAACCACACGUGCCUGGUGUUUGAGAUGCUGGAGCAGAACCUGUAUGACUUCCUGAAGCAGAACAAGUUCAGCCCGCUGCCGCUGAAAUAUAUUAGACCCGUUUUGCAGCAGGUGGCAACAGCGCUGAUGAAGUUGAAGAGUCUGGGUCUGAUCCACGCCGAUCUGAAGCCGGAAAACAUCAUGCUUGUGGAUCCAUCUCGGCAGCCAUAUAGAGUCAAAGUCAUUGACUUUGGCUCAGCCAGCCACGUGUCCAAAGCUGUCUGCUCCACUUAUCUACAGUCCAGAUACUACAGAGCUCCGGAAAUCAUCCUGGGCCUGCCGUUCUGUGAGGCGAUAGACAUGUGGUCCCUUGGCUGUGUGAUAGCUGAGCUCUUCUUGGGAUGGCCACUCUAUCCUGGAGCCUCUGAGUACGAUCAGAUCCGGUACAUCUCACAGACUCAGGGUCUGCCUGCAGAAUAUCUUUUGAGUGCAGGGACAAAGACCACCAGGUUCUUCAACAGAGAGACCGACUCAACCUAUCCUCUGUGGAGACUUAAGACUCCUGAGGACCAUGAGGGAGAAACAGGGAUCAAGUCCAAGGAGGCGCGCAAGUACAUCUUCAACUGCUUGGAUGAUAUGGCCCAGGUGAAUAUGACGUCAGAUCUGGAGGGGAGCGACUUGCUGGCAGAGAAAGCCGACAGGAGGGAGUUCAUCGACUUGCUAACCAAGAUGUUGACCAUUGACGCAGACAAGAGAAUCACACCUAUUGAAACACUCAACCAUCCUUUUGUCACUAUGUCGCAUCUCCUCGAUUUCCCGCACAGCACUCACGUGAAAUCAUGCUUCCAGAAUAUGGAGAUCUGUAAGCGCCGUGUGAACAUGUAUGACACGGUCAACCAGAGCAAGACGCCCUUCAUCACCCACGUGGCCCCCAGCACUUCGACCAACCUCACCAUGACCUUCAACAACCAGCUCAACACUGUGCACAGCCAGGCUACCAACCUGGUUCCCUCCUCCACCAACAAUUCCACCCUUUCCUUUGCAAGUCCUGAUGUCUCCAUACUAAACUACCAAUCUGCACUCUACCAGCCCUCCGCUGCUUCCAUGGCAGCUGUGGCCCAGAGGAGCGUGCCCCUGCAGACGGGGGCUCCUCAACUCUGCACCGCCCGACCCGAUCCCUUCCAGCAGGCGCUCAUCGUCUGCCCUCCUGGCUUCCAAGGACUGCAGGCAUCGCCUUCCAAGCACAACAGUUUCUCCAUGCGGAUGGAGAAUGCUGUUCCCAUAGUGACACAGGCCCCCGGGACCCAGCCUCUGCAGAUCCAACCAGGCCUCCUUACUCAGGCUUGGCCCAGCGGCACCCAGCAGAUCCUGCUGCCUCCCGCCUGGCAGCAGCUCACUCACAGCUCAGUUCAGCAUGCCGCCGUCAUUCCUGACUCCAUGAGCAGCACACAGCCUCUCAGCAACUGGAGGAAUUCUCACCCUCAUGGCAGUCAUUACAAUCCCAUCAUGCAGCAGCCGGCCUUGUUGGCUGGACACGUCACUCUCCCAUCCAACCAGACGCUCAAUGUUGGAGUGGCACAUGUUAUGAGGCAACCGUCAUCCAAUAAUAACUCCUCUUCCAAAAAGAACAAACAGCACCAGAAUUCUGUCAGGAACACUUCAGCAUAUGAAGUGUCGUCCACUCAGGCAGUGCUUUCUCCGCAGCGCUCCAAGAGGGUGAAAGAGAACACGCCUCCACGAUGCGCUGUACUCCACAGCAGCUCAGCCUCCAUUUGCCCACCCCCGCAUGGCUGCGGGGGUGGCGGUUGGGGGACUAUUGAGGCCGAACAGGCUUCCAACACCACCCGCAACCAUCCACACCAGCAGCACGUCCCCAGACAGACCAUCAUCAUCCCUGACACGCCCAGCCCUGCGGUCAGCAUCAUCACCAUCAGCAGUGACACAGAUGAGGAGGACAACCACAAACAUAACAAUGGUUCAUCUUUGAAGCAAAGGAAGAAUGUGAUCAGCUGUGUGACUGUCCACGAUUCACCUGACAUCGACUGUUCCAGCAACAAGAGCCCUUACACUGUGGAAUCCAGACCCGCCAAUAACAACAAUUUUGACACAAAGACUACCAUACUCGACAACUACAACAACGGCAACCCGCGCACAAUCAUCAUCCCCCCUCUCAAAACCCAGACCAGCGAGGUGGUCAAUGAGUGUGAGCGCUUGAUGCCAGAUCCAGUGAACCAUCAGAAUUCCACUUACAAGUUCAAGUCCUCCAAUGGAGUGGUUUCGGGCAAUACUCACAUCCCAGGUUGUGUGACUGCAUCGUAUAGACCCCAGCGCUCAGGGCCACACUCCCUCCAGCAACAGCCUCUUAAUCUCAGCCAGGCCCAGCAGCACAUGGUAGCAGACCGAAAUGGAGGUCAUCGCCGCCAGCAGGCUUAUAUUACCCCCACCAUCGCCACUCAGGCCCCAUACUCCUUCCAUCACAAUAGCCCCUCUCACACGGGCAACGUGCAUCCACACUUGGCCACCACGCAUCUCUCCAGCCAGCCCCACCUCUACGCCUACACAGCCCCCACCACUUUGGGCUCCAGUGGCACAGUGGCCCACCUGGUGGCGUCACAGGGCUCGGCCCGCCACACAGUCCAGCACGGGAGCUAUCCACCAAGCAUUGUCCACCAGGUUCCAGUCAGCAUGGGACACCGCGUACUGCCCUCACCAACACUGCACCACAGCCAGUACCAGGCCCAGUUUGCCCACCAGGCCUACAUCAGCGCCUCCCCUGCCUCCACGGUCUACACUGGAUACCCACUGAGCCCCACCAAGGUCAACCAGUACCCUUACCUCUAGAGAAGACACUGGAGAGGCUGACCUGGCACUGCUGCUUCCACACACCAACCACCCUUUGUCCCAUUGACACCCUACAUACUCUCAACCUCACUAGUGAACAGAGACAGAGGACUUUGCAGUCCUCAUCAUACUCCCCCAUAUGACUUGAAGGUAUAAUGGAGAAAAGGAAGGAAAAAAAAAAAGAUCCACCAUUGUUCUCUAAGGGAAACACAGGAGUCGGAUUAGAGAGUCACGUUUCCAGGUGAUUUCUUUUGAUUGUUUUUGUCUGAAAAGGGCCAUCUUAGCUUUUGUUUGAUUUGUUUUUCUUUUACCUAGAAGAAAGUAAUGUCUCAUUAGUGUUAUACAUCUUAACUGUGGGAAGGGACUGCUGAACAGGGGUUACUGACUGAAAGUUGAGAAUCCCAAGAUAAUUUGGGAGAAGGUGAAAUACGGAAACCUGCUGCUCUUCAAAGAUACAAAAAAUAUCGAUGGCCUUGAACUGUCUUCAUAUUUCCACACUUUUGGUGUUGCGAGAAAAGAGAGGCGACUCCCUCCACUCCACCUCCUCAAGCAGGAGGCUUCUGGAAAUAUAACCAACAGAAGAAGACAAACUUUUCUAAUGUAUUUAUAGGUAUAUUUCUUUUGUGUUUCUCAAAAGUUCAGUUUUAGCAAGAGGCGUCUUAGCUGGGCCCCCAUUCAUAGAAUGUAGCAGUCUCCACACAUUUGUUUCUCUAACUUUCAAGAAAUCUUUGUUCCAGAUACCAAUAGAUUAAUUUGUUCCUUGUUUUUAAUGUGAUUGCACAAAGUAAUUAUAAUAACAUAGGCAUGUACAAUUUUAUUGUCCGUGUGUUUGCGUGUGUGUGUGUGUGUGUGUGUGUGUGUGUGUGUGUGUGUGUGUGCCUGCUACUGUCAGCCAUGUGUGUAGUCCAACUCCUUUAGUUUUUGUUCCCUCGUAGUGCCUUACAGUUGUAACAACACAGUUUACUCCGCUUGGAAAUCCACACAACACGAAAAGUUGUGUUGUCCUGCUUUGAUAGGCUUGUGGUGGGACACAGUAGCGCUCUUCCAGGUUUAAGGUUUGCUCCCAUUGCUUCUGCGUGGUCCUUAAAGGCAGCGUAUAUGACGAUUCAUGUCAUCAGGUUUUUGAAGUUGAGUCAUGUGCAUGAGAUAACUUGUCAAGGGUACUGACCAAAGUCAUUCAUAUUCCUGAUAAUUCUUCUUCCGGAGUCGCUCCAGAUUAAAAUAAAAAUAACGUAUGUGGUGUAAAUCCUAUCAGCGUGAAAUUAGGUGGUUGUGAUGCGCUGUCAUUGAAGAAAAAAAAAACAUACUUUUGUUUUAUUUGCUAACCCUAAUAGCUUAAUUCUAACAAUGGCCAAAUAUUCCAUACAAGUGAUUUUUGUUUACUUGUUGAAUGUGUGUCUUUUGGCUACCAAUGACACAAAAAAGAAUAAAAUUAUACAUUUUUAAUAAUAUAAUUUCCCCAACACCUCUGAGGAAAUGUGUUUUGCACCAUUCCAUAAGAUGUUUUUUUUUAUUAUUAUGUAGAACACUUUAAUCAAUAAUACGUUUUGAACAUCGCAUUUGCUUUGUUAUUUUUAUUAUUGUUGUUACCCUGGGUAUAUUUGUUCUUAAUAACCAUCAAUUGGGAUGUCAGGGAUAUCAGUGAUUUGUAAUUUUUUUUCUUCUUUGGUCAUGUUUCUGUUAGUUCCAGCCAAAAGACUCAAUGUGCCGUUUGCUGUUGGCAAAAUGUGUAGUCUGUGGUGUUUCCGUGCGGCAAGUUGCGUCAUUUUUCUGAAGUGCGUCACUGCAAGGGAUUAAUACUCUGCUUCACUUUUUGUAUUUUCUACAAAAUCUUUGUCAGAACAGAGUGUCAGUGGCACCUAAAAUGUGUUUAAGUCUUUUCAUUCAAGCAAGACUAUUGAUAACAUUUCUUGCGUUUGCUGACUAGGUCAUAGUUAAGACACCAAAGGUUGCACUGGGUUUUUAAAGCUAGUCGGAGAGGGGCCUGACGGAAAGUGAUUGUGCCAUGGUAUUGGGGCGAGAUUGUGCAGGGUGAGAGAUACGGUAAUCUCAUCUGCAGCCAAGAUAUGAAGUGAGGAAAGGUACUGCAGAGACACAAGUGAAAGGUCGGGGGUCGCUGGUUGAAAAGCACUGGUUCUGUUUAGGUAGAGAGUGAAUGCAACUCUAUCUUUGGGACUCCACAAUGAUAACAAGUUGGCACUGAGCAGGUUGAUCGUAACACUGAGGCCGAGUGUUUUUUUUUUUUUUGUAGGAGCACAUUUAAAGCCACAUGAAUCCUUUUACUGCUGUCAUUGUUCCAUUUUCCAGCAAGAUUAUAGGACAGUACUGCGACAAGGGCUGCAUACCCCUAGAAGGGCAAAGGUGAAACAAGCGUAGUUCAAAGCAGGAACACCAUCAAGACGAUUGGGAUGAACAUGUAGAGAAUCAAUAGGGCUGUCACUUGUAUUUGCUGCUUUAUUUAACUAUUAGUUCUCUUAGCUAACGAAACAUGCAGUCCCGAGUGACCACAUGAGAACUCUUGUUGGUUUAGUGAAAGCCUCCCGUUCUCCUUUAUGCCGUAGUACAUUUGAAGUGAUAUUUUUUCGUUUUUUGUUUUUUUGAACAUGGCUGUACAUGUUUGUUUUUAUUAGAGAUUGUUGCAAUAAUUCUUGUGGAUGUUUUAUCAGAAUGUGUGUCUUUCUAUUGUAUGUCACGCUCAUUUCUGCUAUAUUUAGUAAUCAGUGGAGGUGUGAUUAAAGUGUGUCAAUGAUCUAAUAGGACCCUAUAUGGGAUAUUUGUAUUUUGGGGGCCACUCUUGGUGUCAAAUAGAAACCAUUGUUUAAAAGAAACCUUUCUUUCACCUUCUACCUGUUUCCAGAACAUUCUCCUCAGAAUCUAUUACAUCUUAACCUUUUGUUAACGUAUAACACCAUUCUCUAUUGUAAUCUGUUAUAACAUCUACUUAAGGCCAUUUAGGCCCAAGCACACACGCAGAAGGCAGAUUCAUUGAAAUUGUUAUGAGACAGACUACUGAAACAUUCCACAGCUUGCGGGAAUUAAGCAUUUAUAUGCUAGACUGCUGUCCCCUCCCCGAUUUCACUGUCGAAAAUAUUUUACUUCUCGCACCAAAGACAUCACAUUGGCCGUGUACAAGCACACCCACUACAAGUCUUGCAACAGCGCUGAUUUCAUGUUGAAAUACUUUACAAGUGCUUUCAUGGAUAUUUGAACUCCCCCCCACCCACAAACAAACUAAAUGCUCACAUGCAUAAGAUGCCAGGAACAUUCUAAAUGAAAGUUUCCACAGUUUCUUAGUACAUAAACAGUUGUAUUUGUUUGAAGCAUUUUCCUCCUCACACUUACCCCCCCCCUAAAUAUCUAGAUGAAAUUUCUAAUCUAAAAUCUCUCCAAAUGUGCUUAUUUACUUUUUAUUGUAGAUUUUUCUACACAUUGAAAAAACCUGUCUGACAUUGAAUAGAAUUGAGUAUAUCAAUUAAUUUUAAAAAAAUAGCCAACAAUACCUUUAAAAAGCAUGAGCACGUGCACAACAUGAAUGUUUGACAUUUGACGUCUGAAAUAGCUUUGGAUAUUUAUGUGUCCAUUUUGCAAUAAUGAUACACACAAUCUCUAGCAAGAACACAUUUGUGAGAUGUGAAAAAUAUCCCUAUCAUUGUGAUUAGAGGUUCUAUAUUUUCUCAAAUUCUAUAACCACCUAAGACUUUGUGGAAAAUAGCUUAGUGUAAGAUGCUGUUGUCAGUCAUUUUGUUUCAGAUAACCAAUGUUUUGUGUUUUACUAAAACAAAAACAAACAAAAAAAGGGUGGGUGUCAGUAAAGUGGGCAUCGACGUAGAUAGUGACUUUCUGAUUACCAAAAUGUAUUUAAGUGGGUUCAAAUGUUUUCUUGUCAAAAUGAGCAUAGUGCUGUUAUUUUUUGUAAUGCCUUCAAAAUAGCCAAUUAUGCCUCCAAAACUUUUACGUGUCAUUUAAAUUAGAGAAAUUUAUAUAGAAGGCACUAUUUCAAUCUUUUAACAUUGACUUACUCCCAUUAAAUGUGUCAAGAAGUGCUGAUAUGAAAAUGUUGGUGAAUCACUGAGAAACAUUCCAGUCGGUAUGGUAGAGGUUAAAAAAAAAAAGUAUUUGAUGAUUAAAAUUGGGAAAAGUGGGAAAUUCACCAAUUUUAAGUGGUUUUUUUUUUUAUAAAACUGAAUUUUUUUCCAUUUUUUUCUUUCUUUUUUUGUGCAUUUGGUUUAUAAAUAAUGAUGUGUGUCAUGUCAUCACAGUAAUUACCAAAAAACAUCAGUUUCCAUGCAAGUGUUGUAUUCCCAUUCAAAUACUGUGGAUGGAAACCUGUGUCAGAAUAGUCCUCAUAUUUGUUUUAAUGUAUGUUUUGUGGAUCGGUAGUAAUUGCGUUUCAGAAUUGAAAAUUCUUGAUUAGAUUCUAGUUUUAAAUCCCUCGCUACCCCCGCCCAAAAAUAAAAAAAUAAAAUACAAUAGUUAUCAUGUUUGAAAACAAAAACUGCAAAGCUAAAUUUUCUUCUGGAAAUUUCCCAAAUAUGUUCAGAAAAUAUCCAACUGUUGGUCAGUUGAUUGUGUUAUUUGAGAACAAUAAUACAGAUUCCAAGAUCUGUGUCACAUAAUUCCUAAUAAGAUAGUCAAACAUAAUAUUGGUUAUUUUCUGAAAAGAAUUAGACUUCCUUUUGUCCAAUUAUCUAAAUAAUUAUGUUUAGAUGUUCAUGUGUGCUGCAGUGUUUCCUUGUACAAUUUUCUUUUAUUGUCUUUUUUUCCAUUAUUUGUCAAUUGGGAUAUGCUGUCUCAUUAUUUUCUAUUAUUAUUAUUAUUAUCUGUUCAUGUAGUGUUGUGUGUAUGCUCUGUUCCCUAGCCUGUUCUAAAUGUGUUAUUAGGAUGGAUACUUUACUGGCUUGAUCAAGUGUUUAAAUGACUCCAAUGACAGUAAGAAGGCUUACCAGUAAUUAAAACACCCUAACCAUUUGCUACUAAGCCCUUGUUUUACUAUUAUGACAUUGUGUGCUUCUCUUAAUCAUUUUCGUUGUAGAAAAAUUGAGUGAAUUUCUAUUAGGCUAUGAGAAACUAAUUAUAUGGUCAAGGAUUGACUGGAUCAUGCUAGACAAUAAGCAGCUUGGUCAGAUAGAAGUCUAACUACACUAUUUGAACUGUUCUCUUUAGUAACCGUAGGGUAAGAGGGGGCACGCAAUUUGGUAAACUAUAUUAUAGCUUGUUAUUCACUGUUACUUUUGAUCAUUUUUUCGGUCUCCGAGGUGAAUCGAGUUAUUAAUGACAAUUUGUAUGCUCACAUAUGCAUAUUGUAUAUGUGUAGAAAUGUAACCACACUUUGUCUUGGAUUUACAAUAAACUGUUAAGUCACA